UGCAAGCUGAAAAUGAAGGUAAGCUCUAACGAGUCAAAAUCCAGGGCGAUUGUGUCGCAGGUAAUCACGGAAACUGCAGAUCAAGUGGAUGUACAUAUUAACUUUGGUAACGCUGCAAUGUAUUUAACAGGAGUGGUAGAGAACAUCAAGGCUGGGAUUCGAUAUGCGAGGAGUUACCUGGAAACUGCCAAAGAAAUUGCCGACCUGGUGUCGAGAAGCUUGGGUCACGGGAACAGGAGGAACGAUAAAAGGGAACCAGAUCCCUCUACGAAAUUCGGAACUGGUAAUUUGGUAUCGGGGUUCUUCAGACUCCUCGGCGUGGACUCUACAAAGAUCGGAGCGAUCGUCGUGAACAGUGCAAUAUUCUUGGCACAGUUGAUCAGUUCACUGUUCGACCUGAAGCCCCAGGCGGAACACGGGAGGAGUCUGCAAUUGGACGAACUGCCGGAUCCCAUGAAGUUCAUAACUGAAAAUAAAAAUGAAAGAAUACAGAGACUGCUGAGACAGGCGCAGGACUUGGAACUACCCAAUCAGCUGAUCGACAGGCUCGACGGAUUCGACUCCUCUUGCAUCCGACUUCUGGUAUGCAAAUCAUCUCCAGUGAUUUGGGCUGUUCAGAGGUCACUGACAAACGAAACUGGGCAUAAAUCCCGAGGGAUAUCCUCCUGGCUUCCGCGUAUCGAGGAGUUCGAGGAUAACUCCGAGUCCUGCGAGAUUCGCCACCGCGACUGCGAAUUGUUCCCGGAAACGUGAGGAGCGAACACCUCGUUAGAAUUAAUUAAUCGUGGAAUAAAUUUUAUUGCGAACAUCAUGAUGAAAAUAA